GCCUCUGAGUACAGUCGUUUAGCCUGUCUCAUCUCCUUGCUAAACCUGUUCUUCGACUCCUUGAAUCUGUCUCUGUCCCCACUCCUAAAAGCGUCAGCGCCUCAGCGCCUCAGCUUAUCACUAGACCAUAUUCUGAAGAGGAGAAUAAUAGCCAAAAGAAGAACGUGGCAGCAAUUGACAUUGUAUUUGGAUGAAGGUGAUGUAUGAAUUCAAGACACUGCAGACGGCCAUGGUUUGCACUUGAUAUCCCCUGUUGGCCAAUCAUACUUGAUCGUGGGCGGAAACUAGACAGAAAGGACAUCUUAAGGCUCCAGAGAGAAUCAACCAGAAAAACAUUCAACCAGAGAGAAACAAGCUUCCAGAGACACCAGACAGGACUCAGAGAGACCAGACAGAGAACAAAGAGAGACCCGAGUUUUGGAGACACAUUAGUGUGACACCUGUGGGAAGAGCCUUUCCUCAUCCAGGCCUCAAGCAACACGAGAUGACCCACACUGGAGAGAAGCCCUACAGCUGUGACCACUGUGGUCAAACCUUUAGACAUGCUUCCACUUUGAAAAAUCACAGCAGGAUCCACACUCGAGAGAAGCCCUACAGCUGUGACCUCUGUGGGAAAACCUUUAGCCGGGCAGAUACUCUCACUCUUCACAGCAGGACCCACACUGGAAAGAAGCCCUACAGCUGUGACCUCUGUGGGAAAACCUUUAGCCGGUCUGGCACCUUAAGAUCUCACAGCAGGAGCCACACUGGAGAGAAGCCUUACAUCUGUGACCUCUGUGGUAAAACAUUUAGCCAGUCUGACAGUUUAAGAGCUCACAGCAGGAUCCACACUGGAGAGAAGCCCUACAGCUGUGACCUCUGUGGUCAAACCUUUGGCCGGCUCUACAGUUUCAAAAUUCACAGCAGGAUCCACACAGGAAAGAAGCCCUACAACUGUGACAUCUGUGAUGCAACCUUCUUCUCCACUGGUGAUUUGAAGAAGCACAGCAGGACCCAUACAGGAGAGAAGCCCUACAGAUGUGACGUCUGUGGUAAAACCUUUAGCCGUACCGCUAAUCUUAGCAGUCACCGCAGGAUCCACACUGGAGAGAAGCCCUACAGCUGCCCACACUGUGACUAUUUAUGUAAAAGAAAUGACCAUCUGAAGAGGCACCUGCGUAUCCACAAUAUAAAACAAACCAAAGCAGUGAUGUCUGGGGCCGAGCUGUCCCAGCAGUCACCACCUGAGAGAACUUCUGUAUGACCCACAGUUCGAAGAACUACUGGCCUACACCUACUGGGACAGCACGUGCAGUAACACCAGAUCUACAGUCCAACAUGACAAGACACACACACACAUUCAUUUUUUAUUGUUGUUUACUACAUUGCAAUGCUGAUAGUUUCAUGAUGUUUUGAGUGUUUUCAUUUAUUUGCAUUAUUCAUUCAUGUCACAUUGUCAUAUUCCAAUUGUUACACUUUGUUUUUUUGUUUUUACACUUUUUUUUGUUGUUGUUGCACUAUUUGUAUUUUUUGUACCAUUUCUAUAUUGUAUUUUAUGGUUAUUUUAUAUUUAGUAUUUUUCAUUUAAAUUUUACAUAAUUUAGCCACUUAGGAUUAGUGAGACGUUGUACCUUUAGUACAGUUAGACCACAGAUUCCUAUAUGUUGAAUGUAUAUACCUUCCUGCCAAAGCAAAUUCCUUGUCUGUGCAAACUUUCAUGGCGAUUAAAACCCAUUCUGAUUCUGACUCCUUAUUAUCGCUUUGUUAGGCUGGGUGUCACCCUGCCCCCCCCCCCCCCCCCCCCACCUUUCAUGUGCUAAAAUCUGGAGUUACUGGACAGUCUCUACUGUAUGGCUCUCACACCUCAUUGUGUAAUUUACUGUCGCCUUGCUAGUCAUUAGUUCAUGACAGAAGUCCUUACAUUUACACAUUUACAUUUAUUCAUUUAGCAGACGCUUUUAUCCAAAGCGACUU